AUGCCGUUGCUUUUCUUCUUCUUCUUGGCUGUAGCGCACGCCAUAGUCGUCUCGGGACCUUCCGGGCCUUGGAGCGUCUCGCAUCAUGUCGUGGAACUCACUGAUGAGUCUCGAUGGGAUCCCUACGCUCCGGAAAACAGUCCACACAAGCGACGUAUUCUGACGUCCUUCUUCCUCCCCGUCCACGAGGGCCAGCAGGAAUGCGAAGUCGACAGAAUCGAUUAUAUGCCACCGAGGAGCCUCGAGACUUACAACAUCGUCGCUAAGGCGUUGGGACUACCCAACAACACCUUCCAAGGGCUCGAGCUCGACUUUUGCAAGGUCUCCCCGAAGAAACAGCUGGCACAUCCCGUUGUCAUAUUUUCCCCCGGUUUCAGCGGUUCAAGGCUCUUCUCUAGUGCUCAGGCACAGUCACUCGCCAGUCAAGGCUACGUCGUCAUCACAGUCGACCACCCUUAUGAAGCUACCAUCGUGGAAUUUCCCGACGGCAGAGUCGUGUAUGGAGUAACUUCAGCCGCGAUAGAUGAUGAAACGGCGGAAAAGGCCGUCACAGUCCGAAGCCAAGAUAUAUCUUUCCUCAUCGAUCAAAUCUCAGAGCCUUCAAAUUUCGGUGACAACUUCGACGGGAGAUUCGACAUGAGCAAAAUCUUUGUUUACGGUCACUCUCUCGGCGGAGCUACCUCUGCUCAGGUUGCUUUAAACGAUGACCGUGUUCUCGGCGGUCUUGACCUCGACGGUGCGCUGCGUGGGUCUGUUAGUGAAGACAGACUCGACGUACCAUUCUUUGUCGUUAGCCAAGAGGGCACACCGGACACAACAUCAUACUUCAAGGGGUUCAUGGACAAACUCCGUGGCCCAAAGAUGCUCCUCGAAAUUGAUGGGACGGAGCACCUGUCCUUUGUGGACCUGCCACUGCUCCUCUCACUACGUGAUGAUGUGUCACCAGAAUUGCAGCCCGGGAUCGCGAUGGUGCUUGGGACUAUAGAUGGCAAGAGGAUAGCUGACAUUGUGAACAAUAUCCUCAGCAUGGUGACGAACUUCUUAUUUGAGGGAAAGGCCGAAUCCCUUUGCAAACUUGAGGAUGAGGUUGCUGAGGUUACAGUCGUGGAACGGGAUCUGAAUGGGACCUGCUAUGACUAA